AAGGGCAAAGGCGCUCCCUCUUUUUCUGAUAAAGCAAAAGCACUCCCUCUAAUACUUCAAAGAAGAUCUACAAAACUAAGCAAGUAGCCAUGCUCACAAGCAUGUCCCUCAAGAAACCCUACAGACCCUUCCCCUCCUUCCUCUUUUGCUUCUUUGUCUUCUUAUAUCCCAUCCAUCAAGCCAAGGCCGCCAACUUCAUCUACGCCAGCUGCUCGCCAUCCAAGUUCCAGCCGGGCACCCCCUUCCAAACCAACCUCAUCUCCCUCCUCACCUCCGUCGCCGCCGUUGCCUCCCACUCCCAGGCCACGGCCUACAACAGCUUUGCGACAGGCACCGACUCCGCAUCCCCCCCAGGCGCGGCCGUUUACGGCCUCUACCAGUGCCAAAACGACUUGAAGGCCGAUGAGUGCUCGGCGUGCGUGCAGAGCGCCGUGGGCCAGCUCAACCUGGCCUGCCCGGACUCCUACGCCGCCUCGCUGCAGCGCGACGGCUGCUUCGUGCGGUACAGCAACGAGAACUUCCUCGGGCGGGCUGACACCAGUCUGGUAUACCGGAAGUGCAGCUCGAGCACGAGCAACGAGGAGGAAUUCUUCCGGCGGAGGGACGAGGUGCUCGCCGACCUCCAAACUGGGGCGGGGUUUCGAGUUAGCAGCUCCGGGACGGUGCAGGGCUGCGCUCAGUGCAUCGGGGAUUUGAGCUCGGCCGACUGCACUGCAUGCUUGGCUCAGGCCGUUGAGCAGCUGAAGAAUUCCUGUGGGUCGGCGACGUCGACGGACGUUUACUUGGCACAGUGCUAUGCUAAGUAUUGGACCUCCGGCUACUACUCCCGAUGUACGGCAGCGGACCCGAACGGUGGCAAUGGAAAAACCAUCGCACUAGUCGUUGGCAUCUUGGUAGGAGUGGCCCUCUUCAUGGUCUUCCUCUCGUCGAUCACAAAAGGAUGCAAGUCCCCUCACCUCCCUUCCCCUAUUUUUAUUCCUUGGAUUUCAGUGCCCAACUAA